ACAUACGCGACAGUGCAGAUACCAUGCCAAGGAUUAUGAGACUUAGCAGUGGUGAUGGAAGUAUUGCAUGACUCCCCAGUUUCCCUAAAGCUACCUUUCCCGUCACUUCCGACGAACCCCUGAUGACACAUAGAAAGAACUCCCCAACUCCAGAAGCUGCCAACCUGGCUAUGACAGGACUACACACGACAGAGAUCCUGCUUGUACGCAGAAGCAACACUCCAACACCAGGAGAUGUCAACCUGACUAUGGCAGGACUACGCGAGAUGGAUAUCCCUUCCAUACCGGCACCUACGCAUAUACCCACUCAGCCUCAUCCCGGUGCGCCCUCGUCGUCUUUCCCACCGCAACAGCUUCCCCAAGCCUCAUCUGACGACAUCGAGGAUGACGAACGGGAGGAACUUGGAGUGACUGACAUCACGAGCUCCAUCGCAAACUCAGACUCGGAAUCAACCACUUCUAAGUCGCUUAAUAGCACAAAUGUCAACUCAAACUCAAUACCAACGCGGCAGCUUGAACGAGAGCAUGUGAAAACCAUAUACUCACCUAUGCGGCGUGGCACGAAGCAGAGUAUUGACGGGAAUUGGGAGGCCGCAGGCGAGGGGAAUAGGGAAGAAGAUGGUAAGUGAGGUUGAGCUGCUACUGCAUCUAUGACAGGUAUUUCGAGCUCCACAACAUCAAUGGCAAAGAUGACAACGACGGCGGAGGCUGAGAUGAUGUCUAGAGCAGGUGGAGGUAAGACGGCUGG